UUUUUUUUGCUUUUCCUAUGGAUAGUACCUUUACUCACAUUCAUUGGCAAAAAUCAUCGCUAGCUAUAGCUGCUGAUGCCUGGAAGAAUGAUAAACAAAUUUGUGAGGUUAUUACAAUACCCAAGGAAGUUGAUUUAGGUUCCACUGUAGAAGAAUCACAGAUAAAUAAUGUUGUAUUAAAAGAAAAUAAAAUUCAAAAAAGGGAAUGGAAACCACAUCCUAUGGAGAUUUGAAAAUAGUAAUACUAAACAUAGAAAAGGAGCUUUCCUUUACAAAAUAGAAUAUGAUAAGGAGAAAAGAUGUACACAUAUUAGGAGAUAUUUUUGAUUUGAUUCAUUUUUAUUUCAAUAAAAAAAAAAGUAUAAAUUAAAGAAGAAGUUACCUUUGUUUUUA